AUGCAGUCCGCCCAGAUGCAGCGGAGGAGCGCUGGGCCCGCCCAGCCCGCCCUGAGGUCUACGUACCGCCCUGCCCGCGCUGUGAGGGCCAAUGUGCGUGCUUCUGCGGUCGCAGAGCAGGCCACGGCCGACGCCAAGUUUGCCGACUACAAGCCCACCACGGCGUUCCUGUUCCCUGGCCAGGGCGCGCAGUCGGUCGGCAUGGCCAAGAGCGGGCGGCGAGGGGCGCCGGCGCCGGCAGCGGCACCAGGCAUGGGAAGCGGAACGCGCUGCGCCGCCGCGGAUGGCGUGGCGGCUCGGCGGCGGCGAGGGCGGCCGCUGCCAGCAGCAGCUUGCGGCGGCGGGCGCGGCGCGGCGGCGGCCCACCCGCUCGGCUUCGGCUUGCUGUGCCGGCAGCACGGACAGGGGCCGUUCGUGUCGACCUUUACCGCGGACCUGGUCGAGGAGUGCCCCGCCGCCAAGGAGCUCUUUGACAAGGCGUCAGCCAUCCUCGGCUACGAUCUGCUGCAGGUCUGUGUGGAGGGACCCAAGGAGAAGCUUGACACCACAGCAGUCAGCCAGCCAGCGAUCUACGUCGCCAGCCUGGCAGCUGUCGAGAAGGUGCGCGCCACGGACCCCGCAGUGCUGGACGCCGUCGACGUGGCGGCGGGGCUGUCGCUCGGGGAGUACACCGCACUCACCUUUGCCGGCGAGCUGCGGGAGCUGUGCAGAGGCCUGUUGCCUGUCGAGACGUAG